AAGAAAAAACAAUUUAAUUGAUUGAUAAAAUAAGAAUAGAUUGUUGGUUAAAACAAAGCUUAAUUAAAAACAGCCCCAUAUGGUAUUAGUUGGCGAUGAUUUGCAUUAGAAAGGUUUGGUUGGCUUGGCUAUCAUGCAAUAAUACUACAUUGAUUUCAACUUCUCUUUCGCCUUGGCCUGGGUGCGCUAAAACUGUUGGACAUUCAAGACAGGCAUGUAUUCACACGAUCUAAAAAUAGCAUUGUAAAAUACGAACUCAUACUGUGUAGACUAGACUGUAGCCUGAAAACUGCAUCGAUAGCUUCUGUAUUGUUAUUAUUCGCGUAGUUUGAGGCAAAUGAAUAAGUAAUAGACUCCGAUUAAUUGAUAGAGAUCAUACAUCAACUUCAAUCCGUUUUUAUCUGAACAGUUAUCAAUUGGAAAUGUCAAACCAACCCUGAUUAAGCGGAAAUCAGAACAUGCCAGAAUAAAGUGGGAAAGUAUUGAUUAACAAUGGCGAAGUUAACAACAUAGCAACCCAUUGGAAAUUAGUUCACUCCGUUUCAUGCAAGGAGAAACUCGUGGGGAGUAAAGCAAGAAAAUAAUUGUAUUCUAUUCAUUUGCUGGCAAGAGUUUUGGAAGAAAAAUGAUACAACAGUUAUUAUCGUCACUCCUGGUCUUUGUUCUUUGUGUGCCACAUUGUCAUGGGGGCUGUGCAGAGGUGGACUCCAUGACAGAGGCAGUGGCCGGGGAGAGCUUCCUCAUGGGCUGCAUCUCCUGUAAGAGGAGAGAGGAGGUCCAGGCCCAAACCACGGUUGACUGGCACUUCAGAGCCACAGGAGAGGAGGAGUAUAUCCACAUCUUUCACUAUGACCACCCACACCCCAACACCCUCCACGAGGAAUUUAAUGACCGGCUAGAGUGGCAAGGAACAAUGGGGAGUAAGGAUGUACAGAUAGGAGCCAUCUUCAUUCACAACGUCACAUUUAAUGACACAGGCACCUACCGUUGCACCUUCCAGCGCACCCUCUUCCUCCCAUUGGAUAAUGAAUAUAUCACAGUGGAAAAGGAGGUGGAGCUUACUGUGGUGGCCGAAGCCAAUCGGGAGCUGUUGUCGGUGGUGUCAGAGAUCAUGAUGUACGUGCUAAUUGUGGUGCUGCAGCUGUGGAUGAUCGUGGUGCUGAUCCACUGCUACAACAAGAUCUGGUCUGAACAUGAGGCACGGGAUGCCCGCAAAGCCCUGAGGGCCCAAAAACUGGCCCUAAUAAAAGAACCUUUAGACUCAAAGGACAAUUGUGACGGAGUGCUUCUGGAGUGACUUGUUUCAGUAAACAUCAAAGGUGGAGAACUGUCACAAGCAACUGUUACCACUACACUACAAGGCUAUUAUAUCAUAGAAAUAGAAUUUGAAUGUCUUAGCAUAGUGUGUAACACAUGCAGUUUACAAUGUACUUGAUUUACUGUACGAGGUAGUUGCAGCUGGUGUGAGUGGUGAUUAGAUUAACAGGUGGUGCCGAAUAGCCUUAGUGUGUCAGCUCAACAGAGAAUGUCAUCACGUGAUGGAUCAACAGUUCUGACAAAGCUCUGAUUACAGAUGGUUCCACCUGAGCUACAUAGAACGCUUUGGCAGGAACAACCGUGCAUCUACAUAGGUCUCAUCUGCAACCAUGUUAUUACAGAUUUUUUUAAAUCGCUAUUUUCACAAGUAUGUGGUACAUUUUCACAAUUCUUAGAACAAAAUACCAAACUGGUCACACUUGUAAUGCAGCAAGUCUUUCAUUCAAAACCUGUCAUUAUGCAUUCAUUUGGAUUAUAAACAUCUCUCACCACUCAACCAUUGAUUCAAGUUUAUUGUGAAAUGUAAUGAGAAUUGGUUUCAAAUCACCGAAACACAACAAUAUCUUUUCAAAUUAGUUGUUUUAAUUACCAGUUAAUCCAAUAGCAAACAAUGCAAGAUAAGGUGUUUCAAAUCACCCUUAGAAGUUCUGAAAGUAAUAUGUUACAGUACUGUUAAUUACAGUAGAUUCACAGUUUUCACAUUAGGCAAUACACUUACAGUACCCAACAAAAUUGGCAGAAAAUGUAUCCAAUGUGUGAUCAAAGGUGUGAUCAAUGAAAACAUCCUCUACAAUCAUUCAUGCACAUUAAAAAAUAUAUAUAAUUGCAACAUAGGUGUACUGUCUGUAAUCAAAUGUAAGAAAUUAAAUUAAAAUAAAACAAAGUUUAGCAUGCAUUAAUUUGCAUCAA